GCGGGGCCGGGGCGGUGCAAGAUGGCGCGGGGCCGGCGGCGCCGGGCUGCUUCCUCCGCUUAGAGCGGGCGGGGAGCGGGACGGGGCCGUGCGACAUGGAGAGCGGCGAGCUGGGCGCCGAGGGCAUGGAGACCCUGACUGAGCUGGGCGACGAGCUGACGCUGGGCGACAUCGACGAGAUGCUGCAGUUCGUCAGCAACCAGGCAGGGGACUUCCCAGACCUGUUUUCGGACCCUCUGUGUGGCACCUUCCAGGGUGGCGGCGGCGGUGGUGGCGGUGGCACAGGUGGUGGGGCCCUGGAUGCUACGCGGUCCUAUGGCCAGGCCCAGCAGCCCUUCCCUCCGCCCGCCGCCUCCCCACAGCUGCAGAGCAUCCCGGUGAAGGUGCCACCAGCCCCACAGCGCCCAGCCCCGCUGCUCCAGCCCCGGCCCCAGCUCCAGCCCCAGCUCCAGCAGCAGACGGUGAUGAUCACCCCCACCUUCAGCUCUGCGCCCCAGACCAGGAUCAUCCAGCAGCCCGUCCUAUACCAGAACACGGCCACGAGCUUCCAAGUUCUCCAGCCCCAGGUGCAGAGCCUAGUGACGUCCCCCCAGGUGCAGCCAGUCACCAUCCAGCAGCAGGUGCAGGCGGUGCCGGCCCCACGUGUGCUGACACAGGCUGCUGGUGGCACCAUCCAGGCACUGGCACCCGCCACAGUUCAGACGGUGGCAGCACCACAGGUCCAGCAGGUGCCGGUUCUGGUCCAGCCUCAGAUCAUCAAGACAGAUUCCCUCGUGCUGACCACGCUGAAGGCGGAUGGCAAUCCUGUUAUGGCUGCAGUGCAGAACCCAGCGCUCACUGCACUCACCACUCCUAUCCAGACCACAGCUCUGCAGACCCUUGUUGGGAGCAAUGGAACCAUUCUGACCACAAUGCCAGUGAUGAUGGGACAAGAAAAGGUGCCUAUCAAACAAGUUCCUGGAGGUGUCAAGCAACCAGACCCACCAAAAGAAGGAGAAAGGAGAACAACUCACAACAUCAUUGAAAAGCGUUACCGAUCCUCUAUAAAUGACAAGAUCAUUGAGCUGAAGGACCUCAUCAUGGGGACAGAUGCCAAGAUGCACAAGUCUGGAGUUCUGAGAAAAGCCAUUGAUUACAUCAAAUACUUGCAGCAGGCCAACCAUAAGCUGAGACAGGAGAACAUGGUUCUGAAGCUGGCUAACCAGAAAAACAAACUGCUGAAAGGCAUUGACCUAAGCAGUCUGGUUGACAACGACGCGGACCUGAAGAUAGAUGACUUCAACCAGAAUGUUCUUCUGAUGUCUCCUCCCGCCUCUGAUUCGGGAUCACAGGCUGGCUUCUCCCCCUAUUCCAUUGAUUCAGAGCCAGGAAGUCCACUUCUUGAUGAUGCAAAGGUUAAGGAUGAACCUGACUCUCCUCCUGUGGCUCUUGGCAUGGUGGACCGCUCCCGAAUCCUCCUGUGUGCCCUGACAUUCCUGUGCCUUUCCUUCAACCCUUUGACAUCCCUUCUGGAUGCCAGAGGGAACCCGGAGUCUGACAGCCUCACACGCCAUGGCUCUGGCAGGAGCAUGCUGACCAUUGAGUCAGACGCGGGUGGAUGGUUUGGCUGGAUGAUGCCCACACUGAUCCUGUGGCUCGUGAACGGUGUGAUCGUCCUCAGCGUGUUCGUGAAGCUCCUCGUGCACGGAGAGCCAGUGACCCGGCUGCACUCGAGGUCAUCGGUCGCAUUCUGGAGGCACCGCAAGCAGGCAGACCUGGAUCUGGCACGGGGGGAUUUUGCUGCGGCAGCAUCAAACCUGCAGACCUGCCUGUCGGUCUUGGGCCGAGCGCUGCCGGCCUCCCGCCUGGACCUGGCCUGCAGCCUCUCCUGGAACGUCAUCCGCUACAGCCUGCAGAAGCUGGCACUGGUGCGGUGGCUGCUGAAGAGGACCUCUCACCAGUGGCGGGCCAGAGAGGCCACUGCGGGCUCUGAGGACGAGGCCAAGACCAGCGCUCGGGAUGCAGCUCUGGCCUACCACAAGCUCCAUCAGCUCCACAUCACAGGUAAACUCCCCUCCAGCUCCGCUUACUCCGGUUUGCACAUGGCGCUGUGUGCUGUCAAUCUGGCUGAGUGUGCUGAAGAAAAGAUCCCGCCCAGCACAAUGGCUGAAAUCCACCUGACGGCCGCAGUUGGCUUGAAGACCCGCUGUGGGGGCAAGCUGGGCUUCCUGGCGAGCUACUUCCUAAGCCAGGCGCAGAGUCUGUGCAGCUCGGAGCGCAGCGCCAUCCCUGACUCGCUGCGUUGGCUUUGCCACCCUCUGGGACAGAAGUUCUUUGUGGAGCGAAGCUGGACGGUGAAGUCUGCUGCCAAAGAGAGCCUGUACUGCACCCAAAGGAACCCCGCGGAUCCCAUAGCACAAGUUCAUCAGGCUUUUUGUGAGAACCUGCUGGAGAGAGCAGUGGAUUCCCUUGUGAAGCCUCAGGCUAGAAAAGAGGUGGUGGGACAAGAGGAGGACGAACCUUGCGAGUUCUCCAGCGCGAUGGAAUACCUGAAAUUGCUCAACUCUUUCCUGGAUUCAAUGGGAAGUGGAGCACCACCCUUUGCCAGCAGUUCUAUGCUGAAAUCAGCCCUGGGCCCAGAUGUGGUGUGCAGGUGGUGGUCGGCAGCAGUCGCUAUGGCCAUUGGUUGGCUCAGAGGGGAUGACACAGCUGUGAGGUCACGUUUCAGCGAAGUGGAGCGCCUGCCAAAGUCCCUGGAGAUGUCUGAGAACGCCCUGGUGAAAGCCACCUUCCACCUGUGCAAAGCUAUGCAGGCCUCACUGUCAUCAAAGGCGGAUGGGCAGCAGAGCUCGCUGGGUCACUGUGAGAGGGCCAGCAGCCACCUGUGGAACAGCCUCAACAUGAGCAGUGGUGCCUCCAGCACUCCCCUCAGCAAUGUGAUCCAGCUGCUGGCCUGUGACCUGCUGCUGUCCCUCCGCACCAGCCUGUGGCAGAAGCAGGCGAGCAGCAGCCAGGCGCUGGGUGAGACCUACCACGCUUCACCCUCUGAGCUCACUGGCUUCCAGCGUGACCUCGGCAGCCUGCGCAAGCUGGCCCACAGUUUCAGGCCUGCAUACCGCAAGGUCUUUCUUCACGAAGCUACUGUGCGCCUGAUGGCAGGGGCCAGCCCUACCCGCACCCACCAGCUGCUGGAACACAGUCUCAGGCGCCGCACAACCCAGAGCAGCAAGCAAGGGGAGCUGGACACACUGCCAGGGCAGAGGGAAAGAGCCACUGCCAUCCUGCUGGCCUGCCGCCACCUCCCACUCUCUUUCCUGUCCUCGCCCAGCCAGCGCGCCGUCCUGCUGGCCGAGGCUGCGCGCACGCUGGAGAAGGUUGGGGACAAGCGCUCGUGCAACGACUGCCAACAGAUGAUUGUCAAGCUGAGUGGGGGCACAGCCAUUGCCGCCUCCUAACACCUCGCCAGCCUCCAGCCCGGACUUCCUCCAUGUUGAAGAAGGAAGGGGGGGGGAAAAAUGCAAGGAAAAAGGAGAGGGAGGGAAAAAGGAAAAAAAAAGAAAAAAAAAGAAAAAAAAAAAAUCAGUGCUGUAGGUUAGGGUCAUGUGGGAUCAUGCUGGGGUGGGAGUGGGAGGGUUUGUUUUUUUUUUAUCUUGCCCUAGGUGUGGCUUUAUUGCCCCUGCACUUUUUGGGGGCACUAUAGUAGGGACACCCUGUGGCUGUGCUGGGGUUGCCCAUAGGGGCCUGGUGCUGAUGCCCUCUGGACUGACCCUACUGGGAUCAUCAGCUGGGGCCAGUGGUUGGUUUCUGUACCGUUUUUAUACCGCUGUUUUUUUAAUAGGAGUGUUUGUGGCUUUACCAAACAGGGACUGACACAGCAGCCCUCCUCUUCUCCAUCUUCCUCCUCAUUUCAGCAUGGUGAGGCUGUGGCCAGUCCCCACAGGUGGUGGGAGCAGAGGCUGCUGGCUGUGGUGCCUUCAUGUCGGUGCAGGUGAAACUGUUAGAAAUGGUUUAUUUUAUUCAGUUCCCAGUCCCAGAACUGAGCCUGUCCCCCAGCCCCUGUACCCCCGGGGCCUGGCAAGCAGUUCACAUCCCUUGUCCUUUUGUACAGGAUGUUGCUUUGGGGUCCCAACAUGGGAGAAGUGCUGUCACCUCCAUAACACCCCAUGGUGCCCUCCCUCCCCCUUCACAGGGACACUCUCUGUCCCCACAGAGUCCAGCACAGGGCUCCUGGCUUAUCUGUGCUCCUGCCAGGAGUUGCAUCCUCGUCCACUUCCUAUUUGCUUCCUUUACUAAAAUACAGCAGCUCUGACCUGUUGCGAUCUCCCAGUUAUUUUCCAUUGCCCCAGGGGUCAGUUUUGUACUUCAGUGAAUGGGGAGGAGGAUCUGGAGGCCCUCAGCCUUCUUGUCGCUUACAUGAGGGGCUGAGGCCACCCAGUGCUUUUCCUUCUCUGGGGGCUCUUUGCCCCCUUUUUCUACUCUUCCCACCCUCUGUGCCCAUCUAUCCCUACAGUUUUUAUAUGUGUGUAUAUACUAUAACUUUUUGUUGGUUUUGGGUGGAAGGGAGCUGUUGUUGGCAGCCGACUUCCCUCACCCAAUAAAGGUGGUGUCACCGCCA